AUGUCGACUUCCAAAGGUCUAGUCUUAGAAAACACAGCUCGUAGAGAUGCACUAAUCUCCAUCGAAAAGAAAUACCAAAAAAUCUGGUCCGAAGAACAUCAAUUCGAAUUAGACGCACCAUCUCUAGAUGAUGCCCCCAUCACCAUGACCUCGGAGGAAUUACAUGCCAAAUAUCCAAAAUUCAUGUCAUCCAUGGCUUACCCAUACAUGAAUGGUGUCCUUCAUGCUGGUCAUUGUUUCACUUUAUCAAAAGUGGAAUUCUCAAUCGGGUUCGAAAGAAUGAAUGGGAAAAAGGCUUUGUUCCCAUUGGGGUUCCAUUGUACUGGGAUGCCAAUCUUAGCGUGCGCUGAUAAGUUGAAAAGAGAAGCUGAGUUGUUCGGUACGGAUUAUUCAAACGUCCCAGUUGAAGAUGAAACUGAAGAAGAAGAAACUAAGGAAGAUUCACCAAAGGAAUCUGAAGAUGUUACCAAAUUUAAGGCUAAGAAAUCAAAAGCUCAAGCUAAGAAAGGUCGUGGGAAAUAUCAAUUUGAAAUCAUGUUACAAUUAGGUAUCCCAAGAGAUGAACUUUAUAAAUUUGCUGAUGCUAAAUAUUGGUUGUCUUAUUUCCCACCAUUAUGUGAAAGUGAUGUGAGAUCUUUCGGUGGUCGUGUUGAUUGGAGACGUUCUAUGGUUACCACUGACGCUAAUCCUUAUUACGAUGCUUUUGUUAGAUGGCAAAUGAAUAGAUUAAAGCAAGCUGGUAAAAUUAAAUUCGGUGAACGUUAUACUAUCUAUUCUGAAAAGGAUGGUCAAGCUUGUAUGGAUCAUGAUAGACAAUCUGGUGAAGGUGUUACUCCACAAGAAUAUAUAGGUAUUAAGAUUGAAGCAACUGAAUUCGCAGAAGGUGCUCAGAGGAUUAUUGACUCUGUUUCAACAAUUGAUAAAUCUAAGAAAAUAUAUUUCGUUGCAGCUACUUUAAGACCUGAAACUAUGUACGGUCAAACUUGUUGUUUCGUUUCUCCAAAGAUCAAUUAUGGUAUUUUCGAUGCUGGUGAUUCUUAUUACAUUACCACUGAACGUGCCUUCAAGAACAUGUCUUACCAAAAAUUGACUCCAAAGAGAGGUGAUUAUAAACCAGUCGUUACCAUCCCAGGUAAAGAAUUCAUUGGUACUAAGAUCCAUGCAUCUUCAUCCAUUUAUGGUGAAUUAAGAAUCUUACCUAUGGAAACUGUUAUCGCUACUAAAGGUACUGGUGUGGUCACUUGUGUCCCAUCUAAUUCUCCAGAUGAUUUUAUGACUACUAAGGAUUUAUUACAUAAACCUGAAUAUUAUGGUAUUGAUCCUGAAUGGGUCAAAAGUGAUAUCUUACCAAUUAUUCGUACUGAAAAAUAUGGUGAUAUAACUGCUGAAGCUAUUUGUAAAGAAAUGAAAAUUCAAUCUCCAAAGGAUAUUAAUUUGUUAGCUGAAGCUAAGAAGGCUGCCUAUAAGGAAGAUUUUUACUCUGGUACGAUGAUUUAUGGUAAAUAUAAGGGUGAAAAAGUUGAAGUUGCCAAGAAUAAAGUUAAAGCUGAUUUGAUUGCCGCAGGUGAAGCCUUUGUUUACAAUGAACCAGAAUCUUUAGUUGUGUCACGUUCAGGUGAUGAAUGUAUUGUUUCCUUGGAAGAUCAAUGGUACGUUGAUUAUGGUGAAGAAUCUUGGAAAAAACAAGCUGUUGAAUGUCUUGAAAGUAUGGAAUUAUUUGCACCAGAAGUCAAGAAUGCCUUUGAAGGUGUCUUGGAUUGGUUAAAGAAUUGGGCUGUUUGUCGUACUUAUGGUUUAGGUACUAAAUUACCAUGGGAUCCAAAAUAUUUAGUUGAAUCUCUUUCUGAUUCUACCAUUUAUCAAUCAUUCUAUACCAUUUCCCAUCUGUUAUUUAAGGAUUAUUUCGGUAAAGAUAUUGGUCCAUUAAACAUUAAAGCUGAACAAAUGACUGAUGAAGUUUUCGAUUACAUUUUCCAACAUGUUGAUGACGUUAAAUCUGAUAUCCCAUUGAGAUCCUUGCAAACAUUAAGAAGAGAAUUUGAAUAUUUCUAUCCAUUAGAUGUUUCCAUCUCAGGUAAAGAUUUAAUUCCAAAUCAUUUAACUUUCUUCAUUUAUACUCAUGUUGCCUUGUUCCCAAAGAAAUUCUGGCCAAAAGGUAUUAGAGCUAAUGGUCAUUUAAUGUUGAACAAUGCUAAGAUGUCAAAAUCUACUGGUAAUUUCAUGACUUUGGAACAAAUUGUGGAAAAAUUCGGUGCUGAUGCUUCUCGUAUUGCCCUAGCUGACGCUGGUGAUACCGUGGAAGAUGCUAAUUUCGAUGAAGCUAACGCUAACGCUGCUAUCUUAAGACUUUACAUUUUGAAAGAAUGGGCUGAAGAGAUCGUUAAGAACCCAGAUGGGUUAAGAACUGGUGAAACUCAUGACUUCUUUGAUAUUGCAUUUGAACAUGAAAUGAAUUCUUUAAUUGAAAAGACAUAUGAACAAUACAGUUUAACUAAUUAUAAGAAUGCUUUGAAAUAUGGUCUUUUCGAUUUCCAAGCUGCAAGAGAUUAUUAUCGUGAAGCUAGUGGUAGUAUGCAUAAAGAUCUUGUUGAACGUUACAUUGAGGUUCAAGCUUUAAUGUUGGCUCCAAUUGCACCACAUUUUGCUGAAUACAUUUAUCGUGAAGUUCUUGGUAGAGAAGGUAGUGUUCAAACUACGAAAUUCCCACGUGCAUCUAAACCGAUUGAUCAUGGUGUUCUUUCAUCUUUAGAAUAUGUUAGAAAUGUACAAAGAAGUAUUAGAGAAGGUGAAGGUCAAGCUUUAAAGAAAAAGAAGGGUAAAGCUGCUGAAAUUGAUCAAAGUAAACCAGUGAAGUUAAAUUUACUAAUUUCUGAAUCUUUCCCAGAAUGGCAAUCUGGUUGUGUUGAAGUUGUUCGUAGGAUGUUUGCUGAACAUACUUUAGAUGACUCGAAGAAGAUUAGAGAGAAUAUUAAUCCAAAGGAUAUGAAGAGAGCCAUGCCAUUUAUUUCCAUGUUGAAACAACGUUUAACUACUGAAUCACCAGAAUCUGUUUUUGAUAGAGAUUUACAAUUUGAUGAAGUUGCCACUAUUAAAUUGACAUUGAAAAAUCUUCAAAAAGCAGCACAAUCUUUGGAUGUUCAAGAAAUUAGUGUGAUGUCCUUCCCUAACGGUGCUAAGGUUGGUAAAGAUAUAUUUACUAAUGAAGAAGUGCCACUUCCAAAUGCUACUAAGAUUGUUGAAAAUGCUGUACCAGGUGCCCCAGGUGUUGUUUUCCAAAACAUCUAA